GAUUCAUGUGAUACGAAAAUUAUGAUUGAGUAAAUUCAUGAUGUUUACUUUCCCUUUUAAAUUUUUAGUUGAGGUUCUUGUUGCUGUGAUGAAUAAAAUACUGUAGUGAAAUUUAGGUUGGCAGAACGAUUGGGCGCGUGUUUACAAGUGUCACGUUUCCUGUGCUGUUUGGUUGUUCUGCUUGUUUGUCUGCUGGACUAGGAAGCAAUUUGAAGUCCUCCCAAUUUGUCUGUUUCAAGUAAUGUGACACAUCUGCCGCACUCUGUGUCUACAAGUGCGGAUUAAAACUGCUUUCGAAUUGUGUGAUUAAAAAAAAAACUUGUGUCGAGCGAGCCCGACCAGAAAAUACAUUGCCCAAUGGCUGUAGGUUAUGUUUGGAGCAGGUCUGCUUGUACCUGGAGAAGUGCUCUCUGUUUUCCACUUCUUCCUGUGAUGAAAUUGAAUGGCAAUCCGCUCCAAGGUAACCGAACUAUGCUGUUAGUACAAGCACGACAACUGUCAAAAGUCAACAAGCAGCAAGUUCCUCCAAAACAAACUGUCAAACUGAUGAAUGACAAGCUGUCCCCUUAUCCGUAUAUCAUUCCCGAGCAAAUGGAAAACUUCAUCACUGGAGGAGACCCUCAGGCCAAAAUGAAAUUACAGGCAGUGCUUCUGCUCAUGGCUUUCAUGAGAGAACGAGGUGAAAAGCUCCCAGAAAUAUUGGAUUCACAAAACUUUCUUGAAAUGAUUGAAUGCAGUGAACACGAAGUUUACAAGCUCAUUGAAAUGUAUAAUUUUCACAGUAAUAAAAACACCUUAUCAGUGAAAAUUAAAAACGAUAAAAAGCUAAAAAGGAACAGCGUUAAUCAUAAAGAGAGUUCUCUGGCCAAUGCAAUGAACAAUAGUUUGCUUUUUCCUAUUUCAAAAAUAGACCAAUCACACUAUUACAACACAAAUUUAAUACAGGGACUUCUGUUUGGUCAACAAAUCGUAUUCGACUGUGCAUUUGAUGACUACAUGACUUUAAUAGAAAUAAAAACUACAGCAAAACAUCUUAAUGAUUGUAUACGACAUAAUAGAAGAAGUCUCAGGCCAUUUGGACUAAAUUUCUGUAAUGUGGAAAGCAACGGAAAGUUGCUCCGCCAUCUGAAAUUACAUAAUCCUUCAAUCGAAAAUGACCUGCCAGUGAAUUUGUACACCUCUUCUUACCUUGAUGUGUUCCGAAAGGAGGAUAUAGUUUAUUUGUCACCUUUUGUACACCGAGAAUUUGAAUAUCAUCCCCACGACGUGUAUGUGCUGAGUGCUCUGAGUAAUAACAACCCUCUCUGUGUGAAGAAAGCUAGAAAAGAAGGUGUCAGGUGUUUUAAACUGCCAUUAGGCUUUUAUGAGAUGAAGAGAAGAUCACGUCUUAGCAUCAAUGAGGCGUUCAAGAAGCUGCUACUCAAAAAGGAUACAGACACAUAGCACUGAUUUCCCUCUUCGACCCCGAAAUGGAGGAGGGGGCGUAACUAUGCGACCGGCCCAAACAUCGCUCUCUCACCACUC